UAUGUUGUCCUUGAUUAACCUAAUAGUUUACCUAACAAGCCGUUUGUUAUAGCCUUUCACUGAGCCGUAUCCCGGUAGUAACCUACCUUGUAGUCCUUCCUAUUGCCAAAUACCUGUUAUUACAUAUCGAUGUAGCCUGCAUGUAGGUUGUAUGUAAAAUACACAUCGUACGCAGUAAAAUGACCAGUGUUAAUUCAACUCUAACAAUGUUAAUUAGACUCACUGUGGAAUGUGGGAAAAUGGUAUCUGUUAAGAGUUGAAUGAGCAUUACAUGAAAAAAGAUUCCCAACGCGCUUCAAGUCGGCUAAACAAAAGAUGACUGGAUAGAUGGUCAACAGCCAGGACGGUCAAACUAGACAAAAAGACUUCGUACCCGAACACUGGAGCGCACUUUUCUCCGGGAAAAAUACACCGUUUUGAUAAACCGGGUUGUCCUUACAGCUUUUUUGAUUCUCAGAAAACCAAACGUCAGCCGUGAAGCUGAAUUAACUCUGGACAUUUCACUGUGUACUGUCUCUGGAAUACACUGUCACACAAGUUGUAGGUUAAUUCUUGCUGGCGUCGAGCCUAUUCUAAUAAAUUACGCAAAGAUUUGGCACGGGACGCGCACCACUGCCCUUUCGACCGUCUCCUCCAGUAGUCUGGCGACACUUCGCCCGCGGAGAGCUUCGCAUAUGCUGGCACCAUCCCGCAGAAUUGAACGCUGUUUGAUUCAAUAGUCCCAUUUGGCAUGGAUGAAAAAUAUGUACACUUCAAUGGGUAUCUUCUUCCAAAAGAGACUCAUUCUGCUGAGAGUUUGAAGUAUGCCGCUGAAUUUCAGGUUCAUGACGAUGACGUUUUCGCUGUCACUUACCCGAAGUCCGGCACGACAUGGAUGCAGGAGAUUCUGCCCCCAAUCCUGAACGGGGGGGACCUGACUCCGGUGCAGACCAUCCCAAACUGGGAUCGAGUGCCCUGGCUGGAGGAGACCCGGGCUGCCCUGGUGCUGGGUGACCGGCCCUCUCCUCGAGCCAUGGUCUCCCACUUGCCCUACCACCUCAUGCCCCCCUCUUUCUAUACCUCCAAGGCCAAGGUGAUCUACGUCACCCGGAACCCCAAAGACAUCGCCGUCUCUUCCUUCCACUUCCACAAGAUGGCCAGCUUCCUUGACGAUCCCGGAACCUUCGACGAGUUCCUGGACAAAUUUCUGUCUGGACAGGUAUUGUUCGGAAAGUGGACAGAUCACGUGAAAAGCUGGAGAAACACAGAUAUUGAAGACAGAAUCCUCUAUGUGACAUAUGAAGAAAUGGUGCAGGACCUGAAGGGAGCCUUGCUUAAGAUGGCGCGGUUCCUGGGUCGAGAGCUGAGCCCGGAGGUCCUGGAGAAGGUGGCCAGUCACUGCCAGUUUAGCAACAUGAAGACCAACGCCAUGUCCAACUACUCCCUGGUGCCACAGGACAUCAUGGACAGCAGAAAGUCUCCCUUCCUCAGGAAAGGAACCACAGGAGACUGGAGAAGCCACUUCAGUCCCGAACAGGACGCCAGGUUCUCUGCCGUCAUUAAAAAGGAGAUGGAGGGCGCCGUUUUUGAAUUCCCCUGGGAUGAUGAGUGACGAGAGUCGAAGAAGUGACUUCAGGAACACUUAGAGCACCUCGUCACUCACAGCUGACUGUCAGCGCUAGAGAAGUUAGAAAUUAUUUUUUGAUACGUUUGUAAAAACAAAAUACCGGUGCUCAUAUGAAAUAUGUGUCAAUCACAGUCCUUGUGUGUUUUCAGCAACUGAAAAUAUAAAUACACAAGACCUGAUUUUUAGUUCUCUAGGUUUCCUAGUUCAAAUGUUGAUUCGCGUGUUUUCGUUCUCACUAUCAUAGGUGCAUAAAACGAUGUAGAAGUCACCACGAUUAUAUCCACAGUUGCACAUUGCAAAUUACUCGUUCUGUUAUGUUUGAACUUUUAUUUUGUAAGACAAAACCCCCUGGCUGCCGCCGAGGUCUGUUGGACACUCAUUAUGAUGUCACAGUUAAAACUGUCCUGAGUUGCAGCCGAUUUCUCCUACCUGGUGGCUACAGCUAACUGGGGCCGUACUUAGUACUUAAAUGCCAGACCCACCAGGAAGAGCCAGGGUUCCAAUUAAAUCUGUGCUUGUUGGCCAGUAGGGGGCAGCAUUUAGCUUUGUCGCGUAUUUUCCAGUGUCAUAUGCGAUUGGAAGCGUAGCAAUCUUACCAGCUUCGCAGUGAUUGAGCUGACACCGUCUUGCAUCUUCAACUGUAACGGCAACACUGCGCGUGAUGCAGCGUGCUACACAGAGGACUUUCUAAACAAAAUGCAGCACUCUCCAGUGAGUGCAUCGCAGCCUCCAUCAUCGGCCGUCAUUCUGAACAUUUACCGCGUAAUGUUGAACAGGCCUCAUUCCUGCCGGUAACCAAUCAUUACAUUUGUUACUUCGCAGACGCUUUUAUCCAAAGCGACGUACAGAAGUGCAUUUCAUGGUCACGGACAACGGCUGCAAGACACAGGUUAAAUAUGAUGCGAUACUCAGUUGCCAAGAAAUCAGGACCUGAGCAUGUGAAGAUGGGCGGCUGAGUUACGUAAAACAGCACGUGAUCGAACUGUGGCGUUUGCGCAUCGUUACUAACGUAAUACGUAAGCGUGGCCCAGUUCUGCUCUGUCGUCUUCCACUGUUCAUUGUUUUUCGUGAGACUUCCGGUUGGAUGGCGUCCUGAGCAGACGCAUCCCUCCGAGCUCUGCAAACGGAGUCCCGAUGUAAUAUUUAUUGAAGGCAAAAAACUCCACUUUUACGCCCCCCCCCCCCCGAACUCAGCCUAAAACAUGAUUAAAAAAUAAGAAAAAAACGCUGCGUUAAAUUUGUACAAGAAUUUUACUCGCAUACCAUACUUUUUUUUUCUAUGCGCUUGUUGUACGUCGCUCUGGAUAAGAGCGUCUGCUAAAUGCCUGUUAUGUAAUGUAAUGUAAUACAUGCCAACGGCGGUGUGUGUUUUCACUUUAAAGGGGGGUCAGUAAGGAUGUAGGCUUAACGAAUUGUGUUGCACGAUUUAUAUAUCACAGAUUUUCCUUUAUUAUUGUUUUUUAAAAGUUAUUAUUUUACCUAUGUAUUACUGUUUUUUAUGACUGAAAUAAAAGGUGAAAAAAGAAUGAAUCGUAAAAAAUAAAAUAAAAUUGUUUUUCGUCAGCAUUUGGUAAUCUUGCUCGCUGCCACAGGGGAAUAUACUGUCCCUACUGUUUCUCCGUUCAGCAGUGCCCUGUAUUCUGUCUGAAAAUAAACGUAGUGACAAGAGCG